UGCAUAUUUUUUUUUGUUUUUUAAGAUUAAUAUUGGCUUUGAUAUCCGCGGCCAAACUUUUAAAAAUUAUUUUUUUUUGAAAUUUAAAAUCACCCAUUACAAAAUUUGAAAAUCUAAAAAAUAGCACAUGUAGAUUAUUCAAAAUACUUUAUGUAUAUAUUUUAUUUACUCAAAAAUAGUAAUUUUUGAGGAAGAUAUGAGCUGCCAAAUGAUCUAAGCAAAAAAUCGAAAAACUAAAAAAUAGCACAUUUAGAGUUUUGAGAAGUAAGUAUACUGUUUCAAUUUCAUUAAAUAAUGUCCAUUCGUUAGCCCAGGAGAGCUUGCCAAAGUUUUAUUUUUACUGUAAAAUUUUACACAUUACCGAAAUAAAAAAAAUAAAAAAUGGCACAUAUUCAAAAUCCAAAUUACAACAAAUCGCCAUUUACAGAAAUCCAUUUUUUAUUCUUAUUUCUUAGAUAUCCGCUGCCAAAGAUUUUUUUUGUCUGUUGUCUGCUACUUUCAGGGUCAUUAUGUUUUCUAUCUAUUUAAUUUAUUUUUUGAGCAAAAAGUUAAUUUUUGAAUUUUUGACAAAUUUAAUUUGAAAAAAUAGCCUAUUUUUCAACCAAAAAAGUAACCGACAAAAUUUUCGAUUUUUGAAAAGUUUGAAAUGCAGUUAUUAAGAUUAAAACCUUUUAUUUAAGAUUGUGUGGAAAAAUUAUACUUUUGUUUAAGAAAAUAUUGAGAAAAAUUGAAAAAAAAAACAAAAAAAAAAAAAAUUUUUACUAUCUACAACUUUUGUAUUCAACUUUUUUCGAUAGGAGGUCUACAUUUGCCAGAAAUCGUAAAGAACCACGAUUUUAUUUUUCCCCUUUCAUAUACCAUUUAUUCAAAAAUUUUCAACCACCCUUAUGCUGCUAAUAAUUUUUUCAACUUUUGGCCUCUGAAAACGGGAUUGUCACUGGUCUAUAACUGCAUUAAUGAAAAAUAAUUUUUUCGCCUCAUUAUUUUUUUCAUAAUUCAAUAAAAUUAACCACAUCAAGUUUUACUAAAAUCCUGUUGAAAACGUGCUGAUUUAAAAUCUUAAAUUAUAUCUAUGUACACAAAUAUUCAUCUCCGUCCUAAAUGUGAAACAGUUCAUUGCGGUAUUUUUUUUUUUUUUUUUGUAUGUAUUAUCCGCAGUUUGGCACAUAAGUAAAUACACUCAAGAAAUAAAAAAAAGUCACACAAUUUAAAGAAAAAACAACAAAAAAGACGAACAGACCAAGAAGUAAAAAAAAAGAAAACACAACAAGCAACUUGACAAUACAAUUCAAAUAAGAAGCAACUUAAAGUCUGAGUAUGAUUCACGCUAGUUUGAUCGAACUGGGACGUAGUGGUACUCCCAUGGAAUAGAAGAAUGGUCAUUUUUUGUUCCUCUGUGUGCGAUAUCUAUGUAACUAUACUAUCUGUGGUUAAAUUAUUUUUUUAUAGAGGGUGUCCCGGAAUGAGAUAAAAGUAUUUUAGGCCAUUAUUCUUGGGUAUAUUCCAAGAAUAAAAUUGUUCUACUGUAACUCUCUAUCUGCAAAAUUGAUACCCUUAACCUUCCUAUACCCGCGCAUUGGUCUGUGAGACCGGCAAAUUACUUUACCGCAAAUAUUUUAGUAACGGUGCAAUUUAGCGCAGUGUGCUUUAUAGUAGCUUCGUGAUUUGUUUCAUCCCUUAUUUUAUUGUGGUUUAAGUUUUUGUGCGGUGAGCACGUGUAGUGGUUUCAAACAGUAUACCGGCGCGGGUAUAGACGUAACAAAUUUAAGCAGGUCAUUUUUUUUCAAUGCAUAUAUUUAUGCGUUUGUAUGUCUCAUAAUUAUUGUUUUAUAUAGCUGUAUAUUAUAUUAAAUAUUGGAUAUGGAUUCCGAAAGGAUAAGGUUGAUGUUUGAGGAAGAAAAUUCGGAUUCCAAUUACGAAGAUGAAAAUGACAGCGAUGUGGAGGAUCUGGUUGAACAACAGGAGGCAGACAUUGACACUGAGCAAGAUGAUGAUUCUGAAAGCGAUGCAGAAGUUGCAGAAAACUCUGCAGACUACUACAUUGGCAAAGAUAAUCAUACAAAAUGGAAGAAAAAUCGUCCAUCAAUGAAGGUAAGACGACAUAAUAGAAACAUUGUGACUCAGCUACCUGGUGUAAAGGGCGAAGCAAAGAACCUGAAAGAAUCAGGUGAUAUAUGGAAGUUGUUUUUUACUGAAAAUGUAAUGAGCCAGAUCACGGCCUACACGAACCAACAAAUAAAACUGGUAACACCUAAAUGUGAAAGAGAAAGGGAUUGCUCGGAAACUGAUGAGGUGGAAAUUCAGGCACUAUUUGGUCUCUUACUCUUUGCUGGUGUUCGGAGAAAUAGUCGUCUGAAUGCUAAAGAUUUAUUCAAAACUGAUGGGUCGUCCCCAGAUAUCUUUCGUUUGACUAUGAGUUGGAAUCGGUUCUAUUUACUAUUGCGGUGUCUCAGGUUUGAUGAGAAAAGUACACGACCUGUACGCUCUUCUGUAGACAAAUUGGCUCCUAUUAGAGAUUUGUUUGAAGAAAUCAUAGCGUCAUUCAAAAAAUACUUCAGUCCGUCUCAGUUUGUAACAAUUGACGAAAAGCUAGAAGCGUUCAGAGGUCGUUGCAAUUUUAGACAGUACAUUCCAUCAAAACCAAAUAGAUAUGGCAUCAAAAUAUAUGCAUUGACAGAUGCCAAAAUGUUUUAUACGUCCGACAUGGAAGUUUAUUUGGGAAAACAACCUGAAGGUCCCUAUUUUGUGGAUAACUCGGCGAUGGCGUUGGUUUUGCGUCUAAGUAACGUUAUUCAUAAUAGUGGCCGCAACAUAACAAUUGACAACUUUUUCACAAGUCUCCCCCUUAUUGAUAAGCUAAAAAGGGACUACAGACUGACAGUGCUAGGCACGAUUCGAAAAAAUAAGAGAGAACUGCCUAAAAAUUUCACCGACGUAAAACGCCGAGAAGUAUCAUCCAGCUUAUUCGGACAUAGAGGCAUUUGUACCCUUGUUUCCUAUGUGCCAAAAAAGAACAAGAAUGUUCUACUUGUAUCAAGUAUGCAUGAUAAUCAAGAAAUCAAUGAAGAGACCGGAAAACCUGAGAUGAUAAUGGAUUAUAAUGCGACAAAAGGAGGCGUAGAUACGGUUGACAAAAUGUGUGCAACUUACAAUGUUGCAAGGGGUACCAACAGAUGGCCGAUGGUGAUUUUUUAUAGCCUGAUGAACGUAGCGGGUAUAAAUUCAUACGUCAUAUAUGGUUUCAAUAAUCAGAAUAAAAAAAUCAACCGCAGAACAUUUUUGGAAGCUUUAUCAUAUGAUCUCAUAAAUGUACAUUUGAGGAAACGGGCUUAUAACACGUGUCUGCCGCGAUCGCUAAGACAAAGGAUUACUGAUAUAUGUAAGUUAGAUGGGCCAGAAUCUUCGGUAACGGCUAAUAAUACUAAAAUUGGUCGCUGCAGUUAUUGUUCGUCCAAAAAAAAUCGAAAGACACGAUACAAUUGUGUUUCUUGCAAGACUUAUUUUUGUUUGGAACAUGCAAUAAUGGUUUGUCUCGACUGCCAAGAAAAAACCUCUGGUGCUGAAUGUUAAUUUUUUGUUGUUCCUUUACAUUUUAGCUUUAAGUUUAUGAAGUUUUGUUUUUUGUUUUUUUUUAGAAAAAUUUUUUUUUCAAGAUUAUGUAUACCCUAUAUCAAAUAGUGAAUUUUUUAAGAGGCUAAAUAAAAAUACUGCCAUUUAUUUAUUAAAUGCAAUAAUUAAAAGAAACUUGUCUUAUUUCGUUAAGAAUAUAUCACUACUGAUGUUGAACAAAUUUUACAAAAAUAUUCGAAGAAGAAGAGAAACUACAGGCUCAUGAGUUUCGGUCCCAGAGACCGUGCGCGGGUAUACGUGUUAUUUUUUUUGACGCGGGUAUAGGAAGGUUAAGCUAUGAUUUAAGAAAACUCUUACUUUGGUAUGGCUUUACUCAUGUUAAUGUUAAUAUCUCCGUUGAUACUUAUGAUAGAAUCUUCAUUAAUGUCUUUAGAUUUAGAGAAAUGCUCUAUUUUGUAACUGCAUUUAAAAAUUUUUAAUAUCUUUUUUUAUUGCUCACAUAUUAAUUUUUAAAAGGCAUUCUUUUUCCUUACCCAUGAUAAUUCUUGCCUUUGGGCCCGAUUUUCUGCGAUAAAUGCGUAAUAAACAUAUACUGCCCAUAAUCUCGUAAAGGCCCUAACUACUGUAAUAUCGCAAAUUUCAUAUAAAAAUGAAAAAAAUCAAAAGUUAAUUUUGAAUUUUCUGACGUAUUUGGAGACCAAGGCUAAAAAAAUAAUUGAGAAUAAAUUAGAGACAAUGCCUUUACUCAAAAUAUGUGAAAAAAUCAAAAUCGAAAAUUUUGUAGUUAGGGCCUUUAAGAAAUUAUGGGCAGUAUAGUGGAGUAACUAAAGCAAAUUAUUAGGGAACCCUGCCGAACAGUUUUGAUUUUGAUGAUAUUUUUUUUUCAAACGCCGCACAUAGAGGUAUAUCAACAAUCUAAGCGGCCAAAAUUAUUUUUUAUUUUUUUUUAUUUUAUAACACGCAAAUUACUAAAAUAAAAUCAUUUGUUUUUGUUACAAAAAAAAAUUUUUUAGGAAAAAAAAAUUUUAACGAAAUAAAUUUUUUUUUGAAAAAAACUUUUUUUUCGUGACUUUUUUUUUUUUUUGAAAAAAAAAAUUUUAAGGUAAAACAAAUUUCAUAAAAUGAAUUGUAUUUGAAAUGUCUAAUACCUGUACUUUCCAUAUCCAUCGCUAUUUUCACCAGAAAUAGUUUAAACACCGGAGUUUUAAUAAAUAGCUAACACUGUCCCAAGACCGCGGAAAUCAGUCCUGUCUCAAAAACUUUCAAUGAUUAAGUUCCGACUAAUUUUUGUUUUUUGGUUCCUCGCAAUCCGAGAAAAGUGGGGCUUCAGCCUGUUGUUUGUUGGAGUGUCCCCUACUUGUAGACUGCAAUAAUAAAGGAUUUGUGUUAACUUUGAUAUUUUGGCUUUUGGCCGCGCACGGUGGGCAGGAAGCAUCGAUAGGUAUCACAAAAAUGUCGACAAAAACUGCAAGUUGGGUUGUAUUCGUUGAUGAUUAUACGUCCAAAAUCCGUUGGAAUUGAAAUCCUAGCUGCUCCUUUUCAAAAGUUAUUCAUAUUUUUGUGUUUCUAAUCGGGACAAUGUGGAAUAAAAAUCUUGGGGAGAUUACGAUAACUUAGGCGACAAGAAUUGAUAACUUUUUUUUUGUAGAGGAGUUUAAUACAAUAAUUUUUUACUAUGGGAGGGGGGGUCCAUCUCCCCCCGUUUAGGCGGGAGGGGCAAUUUUCUAAAAUAUCAAGUUAAAUACAAAAAAAAAUUAUCUAAAAACAACGGCAACACUUACAGUAAUGAAUGAUACCUUUUUCAAAAGCCAGGAUUGUACACUUGAUUCUAAUUUUUAAAUAAAAUUAUUGCAAUUAAUUUUUCUCGAAAUAAUCAACUUCAAAGUCAAAAUUAGGGAAAAAAGUUGAAAAAAAAACACAUUAAAUACAAUUUUUACCAAGAUAUUGUAAGUUUAAAUAUGAAAUAAAUCAAUGAAGUAAACUGCCUCAAUCAAUUUCUUAUCAAAUACUUAAAACCAUAUGCUUCUAUGCCUUAUAAUAUCCGAGAAAAUUGAAAAUAAAAAAAUUACCUUUUUAUCUGAUUUUCAUUUUCUUAACUAUUUUCGCCAAUAUGAACAGCUUUUUAACUUAAAAGUAUCAUGUCUGGCUCACUUCGCGGGUUCUCAGGAUUCAAAUUUCAAAUGCUGCCCCCCUGCAACCCCCCAGCUUGGGCACACUAUAGGAAUUUGGGGUGGGGUCAAGGUUGGGUAUGUACAAAUUUUCUUUUGAAUUCAAAAAAACUUUUAAAUUCUGAAGAAACUUUGUCUUCACCCAAACUCGCACCCACCCCAAAUCCUAUAAAAGUGAGCUCAACCAGGGGGGUUGCAAGGGGGCAUACUGCUUGCAAGCAUUAUGUUUAUGUAAACACGAAAACAGCUAAAAAAUAGAAAUCCGAUAAAAAGGAAGUUUUUUAAUUUUCAAUUUUCUCAAAACUAGAAAGCAUAGAAGCAUAUAAUUUUCAGAAUUUGAUUAUAAAUUAAUUGAGGCAGUUUAUUUUAUUGAUUUAUUUCGCAUUUAAAUUCACAUUCUUGGUAAAAAUAGUACUUAAAGUGUUUUUUUUUCAACUUUUUUCACAAAUUUUGACUUUGAAGUUGAUUAUUUCGAGAACAAUUAAUUGCAAUAAUUUUAUUUAAAAAUUAGAAUCAAGUGUACAAUCCUGGCUUUUGAAAAGGUAUCAUUCAUAACUGUAAGUGUUGCCGUUGUUUUUAAAUAAUUUUUUUUUGUAUUUAACUUGAUAUUUUAGAAAAUUGCCCCUCCCGCCUAAACGGGGGGAGAUGGACCCCCCCCCUCCCAUAGUAAAAAAUUAUUGUAUUAAACUCCUCUACAAAAUAGAGUUAUCAAUUCUUGUCGCCUAAGUUAUCGUACUCUCCCCAAGAUUUGUAUUCCAAAUUGUCCCGAUUAGAAACACAAAAAUAUGAAUAACUUUUGAAAAGGAGCAGCUUGGAUUUCAAUUCCAACGGAUUUUGGACGUAUAAUCAUCAACGAAAACAACCCAACUUGCAGUUUUUGUCGACAUUUUUUUGAUACCUAUCGAUGCUUCCUGCCCACCGUGCGCGUAGAUCAUGCAAAUACCUCUAUGUGCGUCGCGUCGUCGGUAAUUAGGAAUACUUUAAAGUCUAUAGGUUAAAAAAUUGCCGAUGUCAAAUUUUUAAAAUUAAAUUAUUUUUUUUAAACCAUUUUUUUUUCUUGCUUAAAUUUCAUAAAAUAAAUGAAACCAAAAGAUUCUCUAGGUAAUUUAAGGAAAAAAAUAUAUGGGAGUAAAAGACAAUCUUCCAUCGUUUAAGCGAUAAAUGCAAUUUUCUAGGAAACUGACUUCAAACACAAAAAAAAAAAAAAAAAUAUUUUGAACACAACGGCAACAUCCACAAUAUUAACAUACA